UUUGCGUAGUUAAUGGUGUCACCAACCGCGGCGCCACUGUCUCAGGGCGGAGAUAAUUUCGGCAUUCUGUAUUUUUGUCAUUUUAUUUCACUUUAGUUUUGAACUUGAAGUGCUUCACCUCAUCACCUCCUCGGACCCCUCGCUUCGCAGUCAGUGACAGCACAUGUGGUUAAUAGGAGCCCGCUAGGAAUACAAUUAAAGACGGAGCAAUGUCGUUGCCAGAGACCCAACUGAGUGAUGAUGAUGGAAGCCCCAGCCCAUCACUGAUUAUGCAACAGGCGCAAGCAGAGCGACCAAUCAUGAAUAUGCAAACGGAACAUCCGUUUCAAAAUAUGCAGACAGAACUACAAAGCAAAGGAGCUGUAUUGACCAAAGCUUGGUCGGACUUGUUUAGUUUUAUCACCAGGUACCAAGCAGAACUUGUGGUGAAGGAAAAUUCUGUUGAAAUGGCGGAAAAAGAAAUCAAUAUGCGGAAAUGGCAUUUGGACGAAAUGAAACCAGUGGUGGAUGCUGGGAAUGAGGAGAUCACCAAGUUACAGGAGGAGAUUCAAACCAGUCAAAGACUGCUGAAUAGAACACAGUCAGAGCUGACUGUAAAAGAACAAAUGUUACAAAGUGUGCGAUCUGAUUUGAACUGUAAUAUGGAAAUGUUAGACAAGUCGAGGAGUGAACUUUUAGGAAAGCAGACGGAGGUUGUGCGUUAUCGUGCUGAUUUAGAACGAUUGAAAUCAGAAUUGACAAUACAACAAGAGCAGAUUUCAAUAAAAGACAAUUUAUUGAAAAAGUUACAAAAUCAGUUGAUGAAGGAGAAUGCAGAGCUGAAAGAACAGCUGGAUAAUGAAAGGCAAACUCUCGAGUUGGAACGGAACUACCAUGAACUUACAAAAAUGGAUCUGAGAAAGAGUAAAGCACUCCUUAAAUCAUCUGGUGCCACCUCCAAAGCAGUAAUAGAGAUUCCUGACUCCCCUCCGACUUUAGAUCUUUCCAUAGAACAAGAAGACUCCAGACUCUCGAAUAUCAUUUCAAUGGCUGAGGACCAGUAUCUGUCUCAUCAUAGACUUUCACAACAAGACUACAUCAUAUCUGAUAGGUUUUCAGAUCUUCCUAGUCAACGCAUUUCCCCUGCAGCAACGUCCUUGAACCAUCCAAAAAAACGAAAGAUUUCUCGAGUCUCGCCGUCGUUGACCUUGACCUCACCGAUGCAAAAGUCUUCCGACGUGUCACCAGAUUCAAUGGGAAUGUCCGACUCUCUUACUCAUGUUAAUUACAGUCCUAUGAGCAGUGCAAGUGAUACGUUCUUUCCCUUGACUGUUUCACAGGAUGAGGAAAAUAAAAGUGGAAUCGAUCCUGCUGCUGGUGCUAUGAUGAUGGACACGCAGCGUGACCUAGGUAUGAUGCCAGGCACGCCUAGUUCAGGGGCAAGUGACAGUAAUCAGGGCCCCCCUGUGCCGAUAUCUGGGCCGAUCCCGGCUGCAGGAAUGUCAGUGUCACCUGGAGGAUUGGGAGGAGAUGGAAAGUUCACUACUGUUGUUCAAAGGAUGUGUGGCUAUAACAUCAUAAAAUGCGACAUUUGUGGAAAGAUUUUCGCAGCUCCAUCACUUCUGAAGAUUCAUAUGAGAACACACACAAAGGAGCGGCCGUUUGAAUGCAGUGUUUGUGGAAAGUCGUUCGGGCAUAAACACCAUCUGAAACGGCAUUUUCUGGCACAUGGUGAUGUCUAAAUCUAAAAUAUACUGAUUUUGUACUGUAGAAUCUCUCUGAAGAGAGAGGUGAGUCUUAUCAUGGAUCUUGUCAGUUUAUCAUGUGAUUCUGGUAUCUAUCAAUCAUUGCAGUUUGCUUGUGAUGUCCAAAGGAUGUGUGGCUAUGAAGUCCUACAUGAUGUUUGCUUCUAUUCAUAUUUUGAUAUCCUUGAUAAAUGUGCAGGACAACCAAGUGAUUGUGAAGACCAAAAGAUUGGUACCAUUGACAAGUUCUAGUUGGCAGCACUUGCAACUAAUGAUGGAGCAAUCACCUGUCUCUGAGCUGGUUGUGACAUAAAAUCAGAAUUGUAACAGCUACUGUCAUCAGCUUGGUUGUGACAUGGUCUCUACAGGGAGUCAUACAAGACAUAUGCCUUCCCAAGUCAUAUAGCACCCUAUAUUGACAGAGACACAUACAAAAAGAUCAGCUGUAUCUGAAAUUUUGAAUAAAUAUAUCUGUAAUGAAGUCCUACAUGAUGUUUGCUUCUAUUCAUAUUUUGAUAUCCUUGUUAAAUGUGCAGGACAACCAAGUGAG